AUGGCAUCUUCAUCGAGCAUGUUUGAUGCGUUGCUUGAAACGACCAUAGAGGUCAUUCAGGAGGCGGAACAGAAGAUUGAAGAACUACGACCACAAAAUGCGGAGAAUGGAUGUUGGAGGAAUAGAAGAUACAUACAAAGACAUCGUGAGGUGGCUAAUGAACGACUCAUGCAUGAUUACUUUGCUAAAAAUGUCACAUUUCAAGGAUAUUAUUUUCGUCGCCAGUUCUAUAUGCAUAAAGCUCUGUUUUUCCGUAUCGUCAACAUUGUCACGACAAAGGUGAGAAAGGAUGUUGAACGAGCGUUUGGUGCUUUGAAAAAACGUUGGCAUAUUCUUAAAAAUCCCUCACCUUUUUUGGAGGAGAAGAAAAUGAGUGAGGUGAUGUAUACUUGUAUCGUAUUGCAUAAUAUGAUUCUCGAAGACAAUGGAAAUGCAAUAUGUGAGUCUAACGAAAACGAGAUAAUUCCACCGACACAAGCUUUUGAGGUUGGAAGCACGGAGUACUUGGCGUUGGCGAUGAGGGCAAUAUUUCAUGAUGUUGAGACGUAUCGUGUUAUUCGUAGGGACUUGACGGGACAUAUUUGGAUUGCCAACCACAUCGAUCUUAAUGUGGAAUCGGUCGAUGAUUUUGACGAUCAAUUUUCUGAUGAUGAUAUCCUUUAG